GAAUGACUGAGAGGAUGAUCAAGUCAAGAUUUUUUUUUUACAUUUCGAGGUCGCGACUGGAUUGCGAUUUGCCCACCUAUGUUCAAACUACUAGCUGAAUCGCACUUGGACGUUUAGGUGAUUAGUGAUGAAAAGGAAAUGCAGAAGCCUUUUGCACUACCCCUUACAUUGUCUGGAAGACAUUAAAUGAUCAGUAUCGGUUAACCUUAUCUCAUCAUUAGGACAUAAUUGAAUCAGAGAGCCCGAACGGAUCAUUGAUUGGGAUGGUAAUCAGUGUCUCUGGAGAGAAUGAAUUCUUUCGGGGGGGUUCCAGUCGGUAGAGGAGAUACAGCUGAGCGAGGGGGGAGCGAGGAAAAUGCAUAGCAUUCAUGCCGUUUCCCCCCCCCCCGUAUCCCCUCAGUGACGAACUGACAGACUGAAUGUUUACCAAGUGACAAUGGUGAAAGAGGCCCUGCCAUUGGCAAGUCCCCUUAUCCCACGUGACUUCGACUCUGCCCCCGCUCAUUAUGGGACGAGUAGCCCCACAUUGCACACAUAUCCUCCUCUCCUUCUUCCUCCUCUUCUACAUAUCUUCCCACUCCAGUUUACUUUUUAAAAGUCCGUCUGGACAUGACGUCGUAUUUUUCGGCCACACCGUCGCCUCAACCGUCGUGGCAUCGGUCUCCAAUGACCACCAAUGGGUACUACCAUCAUCAUGGGUCACCUGAUGGCGGAACCACGGGUCAAGCCUCAUAUCCCUUCCCACGAUACCCUUACAUGAGUGCUCAGAAGCCCUGUUACCAGCAGCAAGCUCCUGUCAGCGAACUUCAGCAGCAGCAGCAACCAGCAUCGCAGACCUACGAAAAUCCCCAGCAGUAUUUCAGUGGAAAUCCGUCACCAGAAAAGGUUGAAGUGAACUGCAAACCUUUCCCCCAAGUGACGAAUUCCUCAUUUCCGCCGAAUACGAUCCCUGAUCCAACUCAGCUGGCCGCCCUUCAUCAUCAUCAAAAUUUCGAUGUGGCUGCCGCCUUCAUGCAAAAGGCACCCAGCUAUUAUCCUUGGAUGAAGACUUGCUCAGAGGCGAAUGCCGGAGGGACGAAGAGAACGAGGCAGACAUAUACAAGGUACCAGACUCUGGAACUGGAGAAGGAAUUCCAUUUCAACCGAUACUUGACACGAAGGAGGAGGAUCGAGAUCGCCCACGCUUUGGGCCUCACUGAGCGACAAAUCAAAAUCUGGUUCCAAAAUCGACGCAUGAAGGCGAAAAAGGAGACGAAAUUAGGGACCCUUCAUGCUCUCCCCGAAUCCACUUCUCAUUCGGAUCCCAUCAAGGACGAAAUGCACUCCACCACUCCACCCACGCCUGGACCUGGGUGAAAGGAAUCAAAGUUAUCAGGAAACUCAUUGUGAUACUCUUUUUUUUUUUGCUAGAAAAUGUUCAGGUAGACCUCUGGGCCAGUAUAACUGUACAGCGGUGGAUCGUCCCGUUUAUUUCUUCAAAAGGGUUGUCGGAUUAUUUGGGGGUUUAUGGAACCCCCUCGAGGAGUCGGCUCCAUUGCCAGGAGCCUCAUUUCAUGGUUUUCCUCUACAAACGGCGGCAGAGGGAUUCAUUUUUAUCCGGAGAGUCUUUCUAUGUGUCACACCCUACCUCAGGCUAGUCAAAAUGUUUUCCCUUCCCUCCUCGCUCUUUUUUAUUACGAGGAAGACCCCUUUUUUAUGACUGGGGGGAAGCGUGCCGUGUCAUAAGUGGACUGGGGGUCAAUGAGGCUUUAUGGCCAGAGACCCCAUAAAAACAGAGAGAAUUAGUGAUAUCGGCUCUUUUGCGGCUCGCCCCCCUUUAUGGUGCCUUCUCCCUGUCUCCGCACAUCAUCUACAUGGAACACCGGCUUCUUGGAUGAGUCUUCCUUUGUGCUCAAUUUUGUAUUGUAUAAUUUUUUGUAUGUACAUACUUCCCAUAUUAUUGUGUGAAUUUUUCCCUCUUCGUUUGACGGGUAAGAAAGAAACGAAAAAGUGUUCAUGCUGAUCUCAGUGACAGAAUCUCGAAGUAGUGAUUUUUUUUUCUUUAAAUCAGGGAACUGAAAACGUUACCAAAAAAAGUCCGUAGUAUAUGUACGGGUCAUGGAUGCCGUGUGCAAUAUGGUAGGUUUGUUUCCUCCCGUCCCUGGCAUAGUGGACUAGUUCCGCCGGGUAAUUGCCAACAUGGCCGCCCCCUUCUGCAAUGCAUUGUCCGCGACCGUUACCAACAGAUGUCUUUCUCUCUCCCGGGGGCCCAGGCUUAUCAAUCGAAAAUUCCUCUUCCAGUGAGUCAAUAGCUUCAUCGUGCCCCCGGGCAAUCUUUUUUUUUUCUUGUUUCCCUUCCCCUACCUUUCCCAGUAUCUGAUUAUAUGAAUUUUUGAAUGAAGACCUGCUUAUGUUCCA